GUCGCGCUCUACAUGGUCGUCGGCCCGGCGCUCAUUCUCGUGAACAAGCAGCUCAUGACGUCCUACGGCUUCCCCUAUCCCAUGCUCAUCAGCGGCAUCGGCCAGGUGUCGAGCGCCAUCGGGUCCUUUUUCGUGGUCAAGGUCUUCAAGUGGCAGCCGCUCAGCGACCAGGCCAGGUCCAUCUCCUGGGACUUCUACCGGAAGAACAUGGUCGUCGUCGGCGCCGCGUUCGCCGCGUCGCUCUGCUUCGGCAACGCGGGCUACAUCUAUCUCACCGUGUCCUUCGUCCAAAUUUUGAAGGCUUUCACGCCCUGCGUCGUCGUGCUCUUCUUAUAUCUCAGCGGCGUCGAGGCGCCGUCGCGGAACGUCGCGCUUUCCGUCGCGGCCAUGUCCGCGGGCACGGUGAUCUCGUCGUUCGGCGAGGCCCACUUCAACCUCACGGGGUUCCUCAUCAUGUGCGCGGCGGAGACGUCGGAGGCGACGCGGCUCGUGUUGACGCAGCGGCUCCUCUGCAACUUGAAGUUCGGCGCGUUCGAGGGCUUGUACCUCAUGGCGCCGAUCUGCGCGGCGUGGAUGUGGGGGCUGGCCCUCUUCCUCGAGGUCCCGAAGCUGCGCGCCUCGGGCGAUUUUGCGAAAAUCACGGAGAACGGCGACGUGUUUUUGAUCGCGGCGCUGCUGGGCUUCGCCGUGAACGUCGCGUCGUUUCUCGUCAUCAAGCGGACGUCGUCCGUCAUGGUCAAGCUGCUGGGCACGGCGCGCAACGCGGGCCUCGUGCUGUUGUCGGCGCUGGCGUUGGGCGAGGAGGUCACGGCGCAGCAGGCGCUGGGCUACGGCAUCUGCCUCGCGUUCUUCGCGGCGUACAACUACUUCAAGCUG